GUAAUUACUUCUAGACACUUUACGAGCUGACCCAAGUCUUCUCUCUGGCGCAGUCUGCAGCACAUACGAGACUGGUCCUGACCGUGUCGCACACGUCAAGUAGCGCCACAAUAAUGACUAUGGGAAGUAUAAUGCAGAGGGAUAAGGGGGACAGCACGGAAUCAGAUAGCGGGAACUUCGUCAGGAAGAGACGCUAUGCGACUCGAGUAAGGACAGGGUGUGGUACAUGCAGAAUACGACGAGUGAAAUGUGAUGAAGGUCGGCCACAUUGCAUGAAUUGUUCCAGCACAGGCCGCAUAUGUGAGGGAUAUACAGCGCCUGCCUCGUGGGGCAAGCAAGGUAGCAAGUCCGGAACGAAGGAUAAGGUAGCAAACAAGAAGGACUCUUGCCUUAGGGAUACGGCAACUGUACCAGGUGGCCCAACAAAGACGACUAAACUUAUGAUCGCACGUGCUUCUAACCCGAAACUUAACCUCGAACACCAACCUGGCUAUUUUGGCUUGUGUUGUCUACCAGGGCAGACCCCUGAGAGGUUGAUGGACGCUCUGUCUCGACUGGAGAAUCAUACGCGAUUUCUGGAGGCUACUCGGACGCUUUUCAACGAGUCUAUCUAUUCGCCGCUUGGUCACUGCUACAAUGCCGUUGUGCGUACAGAUCAGAAUCUAUUGCUCAAUUCAAUCUCGUUGUAUUCCGAUGCCACAAUCGCCGCCAGUCGGGGUACGGUCUUGAAGGAAGACUCGAAGACACUGGCGAGUAUCAUGCACGGCGUCUCACAUUCCCUUGCCGGGCAGGUCCCGAUUUACAAGCUAUAUCGGAUGAUGGCUCUCGUAAAUUCGAUGUGUCUCUACGAAAUUGUCCAAGGAGGUACCCGGCUUGCAGUACACUUCAGUGGUCUAGCACGCAUGGUCGAGGUCGCUGGUGGCAUCGCAAAUAUCGACUUUGGACACCUUCCACGAACACUUGAGGCUACAGACCUCAUAACUUCCAUCUAUCUAGGGACGCUUCCCCUCUACGCUCCUGUCUCAUUUCCCAACCUAGAACACCAGAAAUCAGGUGGUGACAGAGCGGAACACUCGAGACCAUUCCUGUUGACAUCGCCCUUGUAUAUUUGUGAAGCUUUCGCCCUAGCACAUAAGUACAAUGGUAAUAUAUCGGAGACAUCCGUGCAGAUUAUGCAGGAUGCGUUCAAUCUGUUCAAGAUUCGCGUCAAGUCAAUGGAAAGAGUUACAGAAGCAUCACCUAUUACACUAAAUGCGGAUACGUCCACUUCCGAUACAUAUUACGCCGACCUCCAGACCGCACUAAAAUCAGACAUGAUAUCCACGAAAUCUGCCCAACACUUUGUCAACGAGACUAUCCGGCAAGCUGCUAUCAUCUGGUGGCGAGCUGUUGCACGAUUCACUCCUUUCGACGCUCCUGGAAAUGAUGUGAAUUUGAUAGCUAUCUACAAUUCUAUGUCCUGGAUACCACUAGAAGCGUGGACUGGAUUGCCAUUCGUCUAUCUAUGGAUUAUUCUGAUCGCUUGCUCAGCCUCGACGAGGCAUCAGAGGGCUCGUAGAUUCUUCUUCGCCGAGAUGUCCCGGUCGUCACUGUGCUUUGGUACAAGCUGUCUUUCACUGUUCGCACCAAUCACGAACAACUUUCUGUGGUUCAGUGAACAGAUUCGAAUUCAGCAAAAACGCUCCAGCGCUGCGGCCGGAUGCCCUAACCCUUCAAAAUCAGUGUCAACUACAAGAGCUCGUUGAUAAAAAUAGAGAACUGUAGAGAAAUUACUCGCAAGCUCCCAACUUCUAUCACUAGCCAGAGUGCCCCCGGAGUUCGUGUGAGAGCAUGUACAACAUCCAUUAGACCAAAGGUCGCCUACCGACUUGCCCAUUCAACAUCAACACUGAAUAGAAACAUCCUAUACACUGGCGUGUGAGACUUCCUGCUCCUGAAUGAGGACUCGACAGAACAAAACAGGGCCAGUUCGGAUCACCCAAGACCCAAGAGCAGGCCAGGAGAAGCAACGACAGCUCAACAGUGUGCUGUAGCGAGGAUAGCGAGGUCAUGAAUGACAUCAAAUGUUGAUGAAGCCAGGAAUUCACAUAGAAGCAUUUUAGAAUUGCCAUCAUUAUUAAAGCUGCCAUUCUGGAACUAUAGCCCGGAUUCGAG